GCAGGUGGACCUACUGGUGGUCCCCAAACCCAGGACACCCACCGUCAUGCAUCUGGCCCAUACACAUCCACUCGGCGGCCACCUGGGGCCACGAAACACCCUGGAGGAGCUUAGGGAUCGCUUUGUGUGGCCCGGGAUGGACGCGGAUGUCCGGGCCUUCUGCCAGCAAUGCCCGCAGUGCCAGCACACGGCCCCACGGCCGCCCCCCCGGCUCCCCUUAUCCCUCUACCCAUCAUCAGAGUCCCCUUCGAGCGUGUGGGCAUGGACCUCGUGGGCCCCCUACCCAAGUCUGCCCGGGGCCACGAGUACAUCCUGGUCAUUGUGGACUACGCCACUCGGUACCCCGAGGCGGUGCCACUGCGCAAGGCCACCUCCCAGAACAUUGCCAGGGAGCUGGUACUCCUGUUCAGUCGGGUGGGGAUUACAAAGGACGUGUUGACCGACCAAGGUACGCCUUUUGUAUCUAAAUUAAUGGCCGACUUGUGUCGAUUGUUGCAGGUGAAGCACCUCAAGACGUCAGUCUACCACCCCCAAACCGACGGGCUAGUCGAAAGGUUUAACCAGACUCUCAAACGGAUGCUGCGCCGGGUGGUGGACGAGGAGGGGAGGAACUGGGACCUCCUCCUCCCCUACGUGCUUUUCGCCGUCCGAGAGUGCCCCCAGGCGUCCACGGGCUUCACCCCCUUUGAGCUCCUGUUCGGCCGGCGCCCGCGGGGACUGUUGGACGUGGCACGCGAAGCUUGGGAGGAGCAACCGUCCCCCUUCCGCUCGGUCGUCGAAUACGUGCAGGAGAUGCAAGCGAGGAUCGACCGGGUAGCUCCCAUUGUCCGGGAGCACAUGCACGCUGCGCAGGAGGAGCAAAGAAAAGUGUACAACCGCCCAGCACAGCCCCGAGAAUUCCAGCCGGGGGACCGGGUCCUACUGUUAGUGCCCAGCAGCUCCUGUAAGUUCCUGGCCUGGUGGCAAGGCCCCUAUACAGUCCUCGAGCGCCGAGGCCCGGUCAACUACCACCUGCAACAGCCCGGUAAGCGUGCAGAGGAGAAGCUCUACCACGUGAACCUCCUGAAGAAGUGGAUAGAACCGGCCCCAGUAGUAUUGGCGUACGCAACCCAGGACUCGGACCACGGCAAGCGUACCUUGGUCGGGUUAGGGGAGGACCUCACCCCCGCCCCGAGACAGGAGCUCACUGAGCUCAUUGACCAGUUCUCAGAUGUGUUCUCGGCCUCCCCAGGGAUGACCCAGCUGGUCCAGCACGAGAUCAAAACUCCCCCCGGCGUAGUGGUGAGACAACGGCCCUACCGUGUCCCAGAGGCCCGACGCAAAGCCAUUGAGGAGGAAAUCAGUCGGAUGCUACGGGACCACGUCAUAGAGGAGUCCAGCAGCCCCUGGUCCAGCCCCAUCAUCGUCGUGCCAAAGCCAGACGGGAGCAUGCGGCUGUGCAAUGAUUUCCGGAGACUGAACCAGGUGUCCGAGUUCGACAGCUACCCCCUCCCCAGAGUGGACGACCUCGUCGAAAUGCUGGGGAGGGCCCGGUUCAUUUCCACCUUGGACCUGACCAAGGGCUACUGGCAAGUUGCGCUGGCGCCAGAGGCCAGACCCAAGACGGCCUUCAGCACGGCCACCGGCCACUGGCAGUACCGGGUUCUCCCCUUUGGGCUACACGGGGCACCCGCCACGUUCCAGCGCAUCGGCCGGGGAAUGCUGAAACCACAGGCGAAGAAAAUCGAGGCCGUAAAGGACUACCCUCGUCCCACUUCAAAGAAACAGGUACGGGCCUUCUUGGGGUUGGCGAGGUACUACCGGAGGUUUGUGCCUAACUUCUCUGCUGUAGCUUCCCCCCUCUCAGAUCUCACCAAGAAGGGCCAGCCAGACCGGGUCAGGUGGUCAGCCGACGCAGAGAGGGCCUUCCAGGCCCUGAAAGGGGCCCUCACCAGCGCGCCGGUACUGCGUAAUCCGGACUUCGACCUCCCAUUCACCGUACACACUGAUGCGUCCGAGACCGGGCUUGGCGCCGUCCUCUCGCAAAUCUUCGACGGGGAAGAACAUCCGGUCCUCUACAUUAGCCGGAAGUUAUCCCCCGCAGAGAAGAAAUACGCAGCCGUCGAGCAAGAGGCCCUGGCGAUAAAGUGGGCCAUCAAGGAGCUGCGGUACUACCUGGCUGGCCGGCACUUCAUCCUCGUAACUGACCACACCCCCCUGCAGGGGAUGGCCAAAGCCAAGGACACAAACGCCCGGGUAACACGCUGGUUUCUCGCCUUGCAAGAUUUCUCGUUCCAGGUUAAGCACCGGGCGGGGGCCCAGCAUGGCAACGCAGAUGGGCUCUCUCGACGAGACGCACUCUGGGCCCACCACCAAGCGGCAAUAGGCUCGGAGCUGAGGGGGGGGUACUGUCGCGACGGACCGACAGCCGGCGCGCAGGAGAAGAGAACCCCGACACGCCCCCGAGAAGGUCACACGACAGCCACACCCCCACGAAACCCCACGCACUCACACACCCUCGCCCCCUCACGACGGACAGCUCACACUAAGAUGAAUAAAAACCACCCAUUGUGA